AUGCCGCUCGAGUCUUACAUCACACGCUUGUGGGCUGGGCUUCAUGCAACCGGGCUUAGAGCCCGUGUAUUACACAAGGAAGAAAUUAUGGGUGGUUUGCGAUCAUGGAUGGCAUGUCAGGGUGGUGUCAAAAGGAUCUCAAUAGAUCACAGUUUGCUUAUUGGGAUUCAUUUAACAUGGUGUGAUGGACAAGGGGGUCAGGCGCAAAGUUGGGUUAGGCUGGAUCGUGCUUUGGUUAAUUCUCAAGCAUUGGUUACCAUGCCUGAUGUUCAUUUGAAAUAUUUGCAAAGAACUACUUCUGAUCAUACUCCUUUGGUGAUAAAGUUAGUUAAACCUCAGCUUUAUGGUUUUCCUUUAUUCAAAUUCCAACAAAUGUGGGUGGAACAUGAAUCGUUUAUGGGGUUGAUACAAAAGGUUUGGGAGGAGGAAGUGGGAGAUACAGAUGUGCAUAUCCGGUACUUGGAGCAACGGAUUGAAUGUCUGAAAACUGAUUUACAAGAGGCAUAUUCUGAUGAGGCGGAGCUGGAUUUCGUUACGUCAAAGUUAGAGCUGGACGCUUGGCUUCAACGUGAAGAAAUAAGGCUACGGCAGAUAACCAAAGUGAGAUGGCUUAAUCAAGGGGAAGUCAGUGCUAGUUGCUUCCUUCAGGUAAAGGCUGCCAAGUCGAAGAUGAUUUACGAAAUGAAGCUUAUAGAUGGGCGGCAUUUAUCUUUUGCUGAGAAAGUGCACCAAGGUGCAGUUCAGUACUUUGAUAAUUUCCUGGAAGUGAGGCCGAGAGAUUUUUUACCCGAGCUGUCAUACUUUAUUGAGAAAACAAUUGCUGAUGAAGAAAAUGAUUUGUUAUGUAAACUAUUGUCUAUGGAGAAAGUUAAAGAUGCUUUAUUUUCUAUUUCGUUUGAUAGUUGUCCAGGUCCGGAUGUUUUGGAUCGGUAUCUUCAAAAGGGAAGGAUAAACGAAAUUGGUGAGCAUGGAAGCAAAUAUGUUUACCAGUUGAGGAAAGGGGUUUGGGCAUCAAAAGGUUGGAAGAUAUGCAAUUUUCUUUACAUGAAAGAUUUCCGUGGAAGCUACUUCAUGAGGAUUCUCUAUGGGCGAAUUUGUUUAGAGUAA